AUGUCCAGGACAAGCAUCGAGCUGUCCACGCUAGACCACGCUUCGACUGCACCCUCGCGCGCUCCUUCCACCCGCUCCACAACCGCUCUCGAGGAUGAUGUGGGGCACGACGAACAGCCGCCAGAGGGCAAGGAGGCCUUCGACUCGUACCCGGAAUGGCGGGCAUGGAAACAGCUCGUCGCCUGCUUCCUCCUCUUCUUCACCUCGCUCGGGGGCGUCUAUUCGUGGGGCGUCUUCCAAGGCGCGCUCGUCCGAGCCGGUCUCGCACCUUCCUCGACUCUGGCAUUCAUAGGUGCGACCCUCGCAGCCAUGCAAGCGAUCUUCGCGAUCCCUAGCGCACGCCUCGUGAGUGCAUACGGUCCCCGCCGCAUGGCCCUAAUCGGCACCUCGCUCGUCGGUUCCGGCCCAGUCCUCGCCAGUUUCUGCACGCACAGCGUCGCAGGACUAGUAGUGACAGAGGGAUUCAUGUACGGGAUCGGCCAGGCGUUGUUGUUUUGUUGCGGAGCGACGCUGCCGAGUGCUUACUUCCUCAAGAGCCGAAACGUCGCUACGGGCUUUGUCUACUCUGGCGCAGGAAUAGGCGGCGCAGCCUUCUCGCUCGCCACAGCCCAACUCCUCAAGCGCCUCAACAGUCUUCCCUGGACAUUCCGAACCGUGGCGCUGAUCAUGACGGUCAUAAACGUGCCUGCGAGCUUGGUCUUGAGAGGUAGAGCGGAGAGGAGGCCUUUGAGGUUGGGCAAGCGGAGAGGAGAGGCAGAGGGGGAGAGGAAGGAGAAGUACUUCGACUGGACCAUGUUCCGAGACCCACGCUUCUGCCUCAUCCUCGCCGGCACCGCAAUCGCCGUCUUCCCGCUCUUCGUCCCGCCUUUCUUCCUUCCCCUGUACGGUACCUCGAUCGGCUUGAGCGCCACAACAGCCUCGUAUAUCCUCGCCGGCUUCAACCUCUCCUCCGCGUUCGGCCGCAUCUGCUUCGGACUCGGCGCAGACAGACUCUUAGGAUCACUCAACAGCCUCGUCGUGUGCCUGGCGAUGGUCGCUGUCAGCACGUUGCUGGUCUGGCCGUUUGCGGAGCAUUUGGGACCGCUGAUCGCGUUUGCUGUCAUUAACGGGUUCUGCGCCGGCGGCAUGUUCUCGCUUAUUCCCGGCACGCUCAGCAGCGUCUUCGGUUCGCGCAAGCUGCCCGCCAUCUUCUCCUUCAUCAUCACCUCCUACUCAUUCGGCUACUUCCUCGGCGCGCCCAUCGCAGGCUUCCUCCUCCAAGCCUACGGCGGGCCCGACAAAGGACCGGAAGCGUACAAGCCUGCGAUCUUCUAUGCGGGCGGAGUGAGCGUCGUCGCGACGUUGCUGGUGGCCGGUGCGAGGGUGCUGGUGACGAGGCAGGUGUUCAGGAAGGUGUAG